UCGAUAAUGCAGUGUCGUAACAUAUCGUCAACAAAGAACAUCUAUACAAAUAAUAUUUGCAAAGAAUAAUAUAAAAGUGCGUGAGUUGUACUUAAAGUAAUGGAAACUACUGCAAAUAGAGUCAAUAGCCCAGAGAACAAAGGCCUUGACAACCCAACUGCAACGAACGAUGAUGGAACUAACGUAAGACCGGAUCUAGUCAUCAGCGUCCAACCACAAGUCCAUGGCACCCGCGCGGAGCUCCCCGUCACUACAGUGGACUGGCACUCCAACCCUCGGGGCCAGUUCAUCCCGACGCACGGCCUGGACUUCCUCAUCGGAGUCUCCCGCCUCCUCGUCCAACAGACUAUCGAACUUGAUGACCUGACAUCGAAAAUCGAAUCAGAAAAUCGGUACAUCGUGCGAGUGCCCCAUGGUGAAGCCCUAUACAUAGCCAGUGAAGUCUCCUGGAAAACUGAGAGGUGCCUCUGCGGCACGGGGCGCUCCUUCGUCAUGCACCUCCACGACAACACAAGGCAGGAGGCCAUGGUGCUGAAGAGACGGCUGGCAGCUGCCUCUUGCUGCUUCCCUUGUAGACUUCAGGAGAUGAAAGUGAUCACACCGCCCGGAGACUACAUAGGGCGGGUGCAUCAGCGAUGGACCUGGAUGGUUCCGUUCUACCUGGUGAGGGACGCCAACGACGACGUCUUGUUCGUGGUCGAGGGCCCCGCGGUCAUGAAGAGGAGUGCUUUGCUGCUGUCGGAGUUUAAGAUUAUGACUGGGGAUUCCCUCCGAGAAGUGGGCAAGAUAUCCCACGGCUGGGAUCGAGAUUUGAACAGCUUUGCCACCACGCUAAACUUUCCCGAUACUGCUGUACAGCCAAAACACAAAGCGCUGCUUUUGGCUACCACCUUCUUACUGGAAUAUACCUAUUUCGAGAGAGCGAAGACUAACUGCUGGAGAUGCAAUUGCUUAUAAUAAUGUGUAUUUUUUUCUAUAAAACUACCUAUCAGUAAAAUAAUCAUUUAAAAAACGUUUGGAGUACCUACUUUACAAACCCACGCGACUAAGUAACUGAACUUUAUAUUUUUUUACUCAUUUCAACGAUUCUAAUACGAUUUCGUGGAAAUAAAAUAAACUUAGACCAACCGAA